AUGGGGAUCCGUGUGUUCCCGAGCUUCUUUGAUCGCGUAACGCAAGGGUUACGCGACGAUCUCGAGCAUGAGCGAAAUAGGCGUCUCCAAAUGGCGGACACUGCCUCGAAGCAUCGAGCUGAGUUUGCCUUUGCUCAGCUUGAGAACGAGAGAGCUCUGACAUCUCUUCGUGACGAGCUAAGGGUAGCUCGUGGGAUUGUUGAUCGGUCUCGGGAUGAGAUAACUACUCUCCAGACCCUUGUCGAUGCCCACCAUCGGGAGCACAAGGCUCUCUGCGAGAUGCUUGAGCGCAAGGGCGUUCUUCAUCGGAAGAAGCAGCGUACUGAUGGUACGGCUUAA